AUGGAUUGCAAAGGACGACGAGUAGUUGGCCAACUAAAGCAGGACGAGGAGAAAGAGGAGGAUGAGUUUGACUUGUUGGAGUUUGUAGCGGAGCGAUGCCGCGAUGCUGCGGAGGUCGAGCGCACAGUUGAAGCAGCCAUGAGCAAAGACUGUGCUAGAAGUAGCGGUACCGCUAGUAGUUGUUGUACCGCUAGCCAAGACGACAAGCCAGAGCCAAACGUACCCCAAGACGAGGCUGACGAGACGGACAAGACGGACAAGACGGACAAGCCGGAGCAAGAGAAGGACCUCGAAGGACCUGCAGCAGAUGAGCCGUCGCCUCCGGCAAGGACUCAGUCACUUCCGGGAGCCUACGCAGCAGUGCCGGGCACCGAGCUGCAACGACGAGCCACUACCGUGAGCUUUGCCCUGGUGGGAGCAGCUCCUUGUUCGUCCAUGUCCUUGGAAUGCUGGUCCACAGAUGGCAAUAGUAUGGACGACAACGACGCAUGCUAUCCACGACGACGACACGACGAGCAGCUAGAUGACAGUACCAGUCUCACCACACGAGUGCUAGACUUGGAAGAUCCUCCUCAUGAUGCUGAUGAUGACACAAGAAAGAACCGUGGCUUGGUGGAGGCAAGGUUGGUGGUACCCGACCGCGAUCUACCGCAGGCUGAAGAUUGUAGUGAACUUUGGGAGCAGAGUAGUAGAUCUAGAGGACACGACAGAAAGGAGCAAGAAGACACCAAGCUAGUCAAGACGGUCCUUCUCAUGGGCGCCCUCGUUCUGCUGGCGGUCUCAAUGGUCUUGGUAGCGGUUUUGGUGCCCACGCAUGACACUGAAGAAACUUUGAGUCAGACACUGUCUCCAUCAGCAGCAUCCUCCAUGGCUCCAUCCUUCCUGUCACUCGAAGACCGUGUCAAGUCUCUGUUCGAAGAAGAAACCCUAGUGGCUCUAGAAGACCCAGACUCCCCUCAGUCCAUGGCAUUCCAAUGGCUCCUGCAAGACACAGAACGACUCCCCUCCUACUCCGAUGAUCGCAUCAUUCAAAAGUUUGCCCUGGCCACAUUCUACUAUGCUACCCAUGGAGACCAUUGGAACACCAAUACCCAUUGGCUCAACCACAGUGCCCACGAAUGUGACUGGUUCCACCAACCAGACUUUGGCAAAAAAGCUACAACGGCACAAAUGCUUCCCGGCUAUUUGGAUGGAUUCCUCGAACCACCACCACCAACCGUAUGCAACGACAAAGGGUUGUAUCAACACGUCUGGCUGGAUCAAAACGAACUCGCGGGCUCUCUACCAGAUGAGUUUUUUUUGUUGACAUCUCUCAAGACUGUCUCCUUGAGUAGCAAUGCCAUCAAGGGAAGUAUUCCGGCGACUCGUCUUGGAAAAUUGACCGCGUUGGAAGGACUGGCAUUGGGACAGCUUCCUCCCAAAGGAACCAUACCGACACAACUGGGACUACUAUCCAAUUUGAAGGUGCUCUUUUUGGCCAAAUCGCAACUGGAGGGAUCCAUUCCAACCGAACUCUGGACGCUCACCAAUUUGAUGCAUGUUGUCUUGAAUGACAAUCCAGAGUUGACGGGAACACUGCCGGCAGAGAUGGAGAAGUUUUCCCACUUGAAAUGGCUCAUUAUCGAUCAGUGCAGUCUAUCUGGCACUCUCCCCAGUGAACUGGGACAACUUCCGUCGCUGGAGUGGCUUGUACUGUCGGACAAUCAGUUCUCCGGAACCAUCCCGACAGAGACUGGCAGAAUGGCAUCCCUCAGUUGGUUUGUGCUAGACCAAAAUAGAUUCGCAGGGCAUCUACCAAGUGAAGUGGGGAUACUACCACAACUAAUGGGGCUCUCCUUCUGUGACAACUCCAUGGAAGGGAACCUCCCGAGUGAACUAGGGCAUGCUUCUAUGCUCUAUGCUCUUUCAAUCUGCAAUAACCAAAUCACUGGACCACUACCAAGCGAGCUUGGGUUGCUCACAGGAUUGGGAGUUGCCUUAAAUGCCAGAGGCAAUCAGCUGUCACAUUCCAUCCCUACAGAGCUUGGGUUGCUAUCAAGGCUAAUUGACCUGGAUCUAUCCAGCAAUCAGUUCACUGGCCGGAUUCCCGGUGAAUUGGGCGAGCUAUCCUCCAUUGGCCACCUGGGCCUUGCUGAAAACUACUUAUCGGGAACUGUCCCCGUGGAGCUAUCACUCCGGCAACAAUCUCUGCAUACACUGGAAUUGGAGGGGAACGCACUCCUAUCUGGAACUCUGCCAGUAGGCAUCUGCAACAUUAGUGGGACAUGUGUGAACAGUCCUUUGGGCGACAACUGUGGAGAAUCUCGCGGGCUGUUAUUCGAUUGUACCGACUUGCUGUGCGGUUGUGGCUGCUCUUGUAACAAGCAGGAAGAACACUCCAGCCAACAAAACUCGACUGCCGUCGACGGAAUCCCUCACAAUUAAUGGAGCUAUUUAUGAAUGGUGUGGCUAUCAAAUUCCCUCUAGCCUCAGUGGAUGCCAUGACGAGCGUGUGUCCGCAUACCUGGUAACAGACCUGCUAGCAAUACAGAGGAGCAACCACCGUAUACGACAACAGAGAAACCUGCAAAUAGACAGCUUC